UUUAUAUUUACGCUUCUUGUAUCACCUAUCUCUUACUCUUUUUUUUGCUACUCACAGAAAAUACUUGUUUUAUUUAAGCCUACAGCCAUGCAUCGUGUUAUCUCUCUUGGCAAUGCCCGGAUGCUCAAGUCCAAGGCACUAAAGUCGGCUAUGUCGGCGUCCAAGCUGGCCAAGAGGCAGUACUUUGGCCCGUGCAAGACCACCGAGAAGACGUUCGACAAGAUCCUGAUCGCUAACCGCGGCGAGAUCGCCUGCCGUGUGAUUCGCACAGCCAAGCGCAUGGGUAUCAAGACCGUGGCAAUCUACUCUGACGCCGACGCCAACGCGCUUUUUGUGCGCGAGGCUGACGAGGCAUACCGCGUGGGCCCGGCGGCCACCAGCCAGUCGUACCUCAACGUCGACGCCAUCAUGGACGUGAUCAAGAAGAGCGGCGCCCAGGCCGUGCACCCCGGCUACGGCUUCCUAUCCGAGAACUCCAGCUUUGUCAAGCAGCUAGACGCUGCCGGUGUCGGAUUCAUCGGCCCCCAGGAGUACGCCAUGGCAGCGAUGGGCGACAAGAUCCAGUCCAAGAUCAUCGCCAAGAAGGCCGGCGUCAACACGAUUCCUGGAUACGACGGCGUCGUACGCGACGCGCAGCAUGCCGUCGAGAUUGCCGAGGAUAUCGGCUACCCGGUGAUGCUCAAGGCGUCGGCCGGCGGCGGCGGCAAGGGCAUGCGCAUUGCACACACUAUGGAAGAGGUCAACGAGGGCUUCAAGCUGGCGUCGGACGAGGCGCAGAGCAGCUUCGGCGACAACCGUAUCCUGGUCGAGCGCUUCAUCGAGGAGCCGCGCCAUAUUGAGAUCCAGAUCAUUGCCGACGGCAAGGGCAACGUUUUGUGGCUGCCCGAGCGUGAGUGCUCAAUCCAGCGCCGCAACCAAAAGGUCAUUGAGGAGGCUCCCUCGACGCAUCUUGACGAUGAUACUCGGCGCCGCAUGGGUGAGCAGGCCGUCGCGCUGGCCCGCAACGUCGGCUACAACAGCGCCGGCACAGUUGAGUUUUUGGUUGACAAGAACCGCAACUUCUUCUUCCUCGAGAUGAACACGCGCCUGCAGGUCGAGCACCCGAUUACUGAGUACAUCACGGGCUUUGAUCUCGUCGAGGAGAUGAUCCGCUCGGCCGCCGGCUUGACGCUGACCACAACGAAGCAGGACGAGGUCAAGAUCAACGGCUGGGCCAUUGAGGCGCGCGUCUACGCUGAGGAUCCCGAGAAGUACCUGCCGAGCAUCGGCACGCUGUCGCGCUACCAGGAGCCCGUCGACUGGAAGAAGCCCAACGAUGUGCGCUGCGAUAGCGGUAUCACCGAGGGAUCCGAGAUAUCCAUGUACUACGACCCGAUGAUCUGCAAGCUGUCCACGCACGGCCAGACCCGCGAGCAGGCCAUUGCCACCAUGGAGCACGCCCUGGACCGCUACCUGAUCAAGGGCGUCACACACAACAUCCCGCUGUUGCGCGACGUCAUUUCCAACCCUGACUUUGCCGCCGGCCGCAUCACCACGGCCUUCCUCGCCGAGCACUACCCCAGCGGCUUCAAGGGCCACCGCCUCACAGAGCAAAGCGCUCAGGAGCUGGCCACAGCCUCGGCCGCGCUUCAAUUUAUCCGCCAGGCGCGCGAGGCCUCGUCAGCCACCACGGUGCGCGAGGACUACGUGCUGCUGCUGCCCCAGCUGCAGGAGGACGGUUCGGUGUCCAAGAUCGAGGUCGCUGUCUCGGUCGAGCUGGCCAACCCAGCGUCCAGCAUCCAGCUGCAGGGCGCCAACACUUUCAAGGUGACCUCCAGCACGGCCGGCUCCGAGGCCAAGACCUCCGAGAUCACCGUCAAUUGGUCCGUCGACACGCCAUUUGUCGAUGUCAACAACGGCAGCACCACACUGCAGUUCCUCGAUCCCUUGCCCCUCGGUUUCCGUGUCCAGUUUAUGGGCACCAAAUUCGAAAUUGACGUCCUGGCGCCCCGCCAGCGCGAGCUCCUGCACUUCAUGAAGGAGAAGGAGAAGCUCGACACGUCCAAGCUUGUGCUGUCGCCCAUGCCCGGAACCAUUGUGUCCGUUGCUGUGAAGCCUGGAGACACUGUUGCUGAGGGCGCUGAGGUUGCUGUUGUAGAGGCCAUGAAGAUGCAGAACGUCUUGCGCGCACCCAGGGCUGGUGUCAUCAAGGCUGUGCUCGUCACACCCGGCUCCACUGUUGGUGGCGACGACGUGCUCAUUGAGCUCGAGGACGAGGUCAAGAAGUGAGAACAGAAAAUUUAGACACCUGUCAUCCUUUUUUUAAUAUUUAAUAUAAAACAAUUGCGCUUUAA